AUGUUGCGGCACUCGUUGAGGCGCAUGUUCGCCGCGGCGGCCGAGCCAGCGCAGGAGUACACAAACAAGCUACUGCUGACCAUGGGGAGCCCCCACGAAAACCUCUUCCUGCGUAAACCUAUCGAGUCGCUGACAGCCCCGGGUCGCGAAGGUUCCUUCACGGUGACCAACAAUCACUCCCAGCUGGUGUCGCAGCUGCAACCGGGCACAAUCACGGUCAAGGAGGAGGGACAGUCAAGCACUUACUUCAUCAGCGAUGGGUUUCUGUUCUUUAACCAGCCCGCUGACAGCUCGGGCUGCUGCACCGUGGAAGUGAGCGGCUUCGAAAUCGUUCCCACCGACAUGCUCGACAAGGAGAAGGCAGCCACGCUGAUUCAGGAGCUCAACGCGGGCCCGAAGGAAACGGAAUGGGACAAGGCAAAGAUUCAGCUCGGCACCGGACUUCUCAACCAAGUCAUCAAGAGCGCCACCGCCUAACUACAAUUGAUUUUGUUUGUUCUUCGUCCUCCUGAGCGCUGAGCGAGUUGUCCGCGCCAGUCUCCGACAAACGUUUAAAGGAUCAUAAUUCGCGAGACAAAGCGUCGCUUCACUGGAGCCGCGGAUGGAGCUAAAACUGGUACCGCCAGAAGUUAUUACACGUUGUGUGCUCAUUGAGCGCAACCUCAUGAUCCCCUCUUCAACUGUAACGAGGAAGACGCUAUUUACUAGCUUCUGCUAUCAGCAGAAAACAAAGGCGCUUCUUUUUCAUGGAAUAAUUUGAAUUUUUGACUGAAUUCCGCACAGGUCGGUUCGUCCAGGCUUUUAUCCGCGAAGCUGCCAUGCUGGAGUAGAAGCUCCUUUUUGCGGCCUUUCGUGUUGAUGCUUCCCUCCUGCUCGGAACAUCAAGGGGAAGCAGCCGGAUUCGGCACCGCGACCACGAGAGCUGCCAACGCCUUGCCUCAGAAAACCACCACUUACGGUGUCCGUGAGGCAACUGGACAUGCUCUUCUCCAGUGAUGUUGGUGAAGAACAAUAAAGAUCGCCAGGUGAUAACCCUCCACCCGCACCUCUGACUUACUCUUUCUUAGCAAAAAUGCUAGUUUUUUUGAAGACCUCAGGAAUCAUCCGAAAGAGAACACUUCACAGCACCUUGCUCCGCAAGCG